AUGUCACAACGAGAUUUCGAGAAUGAACCAGAAGGAACGCCAGAUUUGCCGGCCGCCAACAGAACGCUCUUCCUCGAGAAGGUGAGACAAUCAAAUGCUGCGUGCCAGAGUGGUGAUUUUACAACGGCCGUCGCACUCUACACCGAUGCCCUGGCACUCGAUCCCACAAAUCACAUUCUCUACAGCAAUAGAUCAGCUGCCAGGCUCAAGCAGGGACAGUUUCAGCUGGCAUUUCAGGAUGCCACAAAGGCGAGGGAGCUCUGCCCUCAGUGGCCGAAGGCAUACUUUCGCCAAGGAGUGGCUCUGCAGUGUCUGGGACGCUAUGGCGAGGCCUUGGCGGCUUUCAGCUCUGGCCUGGCGCAGGAUCCCUCCAACAAGCAACUCCUGGCCGGUCUAGUGGAAGCGAGCAUUAAAUCUCCGCUCAGAAACGCCCUGGAACCGACCUUCCAGCAGUUGUGUGCCAUGAAGCUGGAUCAGUCGCCCUUCGUGGUGAUCUCUGUGGUGGGUCAGGAGCUUCUGCAGGCCGGCCAAUAUCACUCGGCAGUGACUGUUCUCGAGGCGGCGCUGCAGAUUGGCUCCUGCUCGUUGAAGCUGAGAGGAUCGGUAUUUAGCGCCCUAAGUUCAGCGCACUGGGCGCUGAAUCAGCUGGACAAGGCCAUCAGCUAUAUGCAGCAGGAUCUGGCAGUGGCGAAGAGUUUGGGAGAUACUCAGGGAGAGUGCAGAGUGUAUGGGAACCUGGGGAGUGGAAAGUUCAGCCAGGGAUCCUACAAGGAAGCCCUGACUGCGCACAGGUAUCAACUCGUGUUGGCCAUGAAGUGCAAGGACACUCAGGCGGCUGCAGCUGCCCUGACGUCUCUGGGGCACGUUUACACAGCCAUUGGGGACUAUCCUAAUGCCCUGGCGAGUCACAAGCAGUGCGUGCAGUUGGUGAAGCAGAUGGGCGAUCGCCUGCAGGAGGCGCGAGAGAUUGGGAAUGUCGGCACCGUGUACCUGGCCAUGGGUGAGUUUGACUCCGCCGUGGAUUGUCACAUGCAGCACUUGAGAUUGGCCAGGAAGCUGAACAAUCAGAUCGAAGUGGCGCGAGCGUACAGCAAUCUGGGCAACAGUCACCACUACCGGAGGAGCUUCACGCAGGCCAUUCAGUUCCAUGAGCAGGUGCUGCGGAUUGCCCAGCAGUUGGGAGAUCGUGCAAUUGAGGCGAGGGCGUAUGCCGGCCUGGGACACGCUUGUCGCUGCGCCGGGAUGUACAGCCAGGCGAAACGAUGGCAUGAGAAGCAACUGGAAAUGGCUCUGGCGGCGAGAGAUAAGUUUGCCGAGGGCAGAGCUCUGUCCAACUUGGGGAUUGUGUAUCAACUGACGCGGAGACAUGAUGCAGCGCUGAAGCUGCAUCAGGCGCACUUGGCGAUUGCCAGACAAUUGCAAGAUCGCGCCAGCAUGGGCAGAGCUUUCGGCAAUCUGGGAAAUGCCUACUUCAGUGCCGGUCUCUAUGAGGCGGCGAUAAAGUGCCACAAGCAGGAGUUGACGAUCAGCAAGGAGGUGCACGACAGGAGUGCUGAAGGAUGCACGCAUGGGAAUCUGGCGGUGGCUUAUCAAGCCCUGGGAUCGCACGAUAUGGCUCUGAUGCACUACCGAGCGCAUCUGGAUAUUGCGUCUGAGCAGAAGGACACUGCUAGCCUGAGCCAGGCCUACCUGAAUCUCGGGAACUUCUGGAGUUUACGCCAAGAGUUCGCCCAAGCAAUUCCCUACUACGAGCAUUACCUGAUGCUGUCCCAGGAACUUGGCGAUGUGGCGGCUGAGGGAAAGGCUUGCCACUUUCUCGGCUAUGCGCACUACUGCAUAGGUAAUUACAGGGAAGCUGUUCGCUACUACGAUCAGGAUCUCGCUCUGGCGAAGGAUAUGCAGGACAAGAUGAACAUGGGGAGAGCUUACUGCAAUCUGGGCCUGGCCAAUCUGGCGCUGGACUGGAAGGCAGCAGCUCUGGAAUGUCAAAAGUACUUUCUAGCCAUAUCGCACAUGAUGAAUCACCUUCCGGGGAAAUUCCGCGCUCUGGGAAACAUUGGUGAUGUCCUGAUCCGAAUGGGGGAUCUCGAGGAGGCGGGAAAAAUGUAUCAGAGACAAUUGGGAUUGGCUCGCCAGGCGCGAGAGCGUUCCAUGGAGGCUGCAGCGUGUGGAGCUUUAGGAUUGUGCAAUCGUCUGCUGAAGCGCUUCGACAAGGCUCUCGGAUAUCACACUCAGGAAUUGACGCUGCGCCAAGAGAUGGGAGACGUUCCGGGCGAAGCGCGAGCGCAUUGCCACUUAGGAGCAGUUCACAUGGCGUUGGGAAAUUAUACGCACGCCGUGAAGUGUUAUCAGGAGCAAUUGGAGAGGGCUCAAGAGCUCCAGGAUCCCGUGAUAGAGGCGCAAGCGUUUGGAAACCUUGGAAUUGCGCGUCUCAAUAUGACACAUUAUGAGGAUUCCAUAAGCUAUUUGGAGCAGCAGUUGGCUUCUCUGGACAGGAUCAACACUGCCCAAGCGCAGCACGAUAGGACACGUGCUCUCGGUCAUCUGGGCGAUUGUUACGAUGCCCUGGGCGAUUAUGAUAAUGCCAUCAAGUGUCACGAGCGUCAUCUUCAACUGGCCAUCGCGAUGCAGAGUUUCAGGGAUCAGGAUUUGGCUUAUCGCGGUCUCGGACAUUCGCACAGAGCCCUGGGAAAUCUCCAGGAAGCUCUGGUAUGUCUGGAGAAGAGAUUGGUUGUGGCUCAUGAGCUGGGAAGUCUGGAAGCCAAAGGCGCUGCCUAUCUGGACUUGGGCAAUAUUCAUAGUGCCCUCGGGAAUCACGAACAGGCUCUCAAUUGUCUGGAGCAUCAGCGUGACAUUGCCCAGGAAUUGGGUGAUCGAGUGGCUCUUUCGGACGCCACAAGUGGUCUUGGUGGUGUCUUCUUCCAGAUGGGCGACCAUGAGAGUGCGCUGAGACUCCACAAGAUGGAUCUGGAGAUCUGCGAAGCACUUCAAGUGAUGACUCUCCAGGCGAGAGCGUACGGAAAUCUUGCCAGCGUCUAUGAAAGCAUGGGAAAAUACUCAGAAGCUGUGAGACAUCUCGAGAAGCAGCUCUCACUGGCGUCAGAUCGCCUCGUGAAGGCGUCGGUGUGCAUGUCUCUGGGCAGAGUGCUUCACUCCAUGAAUCAGACUUCUCAGGCCAUCAAUUUUCUGCGCCAGGGACUCGCCAUUGCUCAAAGCUUGAGCAAACCCGAGGAAGAGGCGAAGAUCAGGCAUCAACUAGGCAUUGCUCUGCGCGCAUCCGGAGACAAUGAGAACGCCCGCAGUCAAUUGGAGAGUGCAGCGCAGAUCUUGGAGACUGUUCGAUCAGAGCAGAGAUCGCCAGAGGCACGAAAUCUCUUAUUUGACCUACAAACAAGCUGUUAUCACACACUCCAGCAGAUCCUGGUGACUUUGGGCAGAAGUGAAGAAGCUUUGGUGGCGGCUGAGAGAUGCAGAGCGAGAACUACGCCAGAUUCCACCACGCCAGCCUUUCCGGGGAAGAAGAAUGCGAACAUGACGUGCAGUGAAAACAUCUUUGACACGGUGAACAGGAGUAAAUGCAGCGUGAUCUACUUCAGCUUAGCCGGAGAUGAGCUCUACACGUGGUUCCUGCAGCCUCAGAAGAGGAUUGUGCGGUUCAACAGUGCCAAAAUCAACGAGACCACUCUGCAGUUCAGUGGAACUCAGCAGAAGCCCGGGAAGGACUCGGCGACGCUCCUGGAGCAGUACAUCUACAUGGUGAGGGAGAGUUUGGGCGUGAACAGCGCGAGUCAGGAGGGAGAUGGAUGGCGAUCGUCUGAGAAUCUGCUGGAUGACUUUGCUAGCGAAAGGGCGGGCUUCCUGAGGAUGGUGAACAGGAAUCAUUUGCUGAACUCCAGCAAUUACUCGCUGAGUUCUCUGUUCAGUCUGGGCAGUGUUGGAGGAUCUGUGGCUAGUCUGCAAGGAUCCACGCGAUCCAUUGGAAGUCUGUCGCGGAGAGUGCCCAUGAUGCCCACAUGGCAGGGUCCAGCGUGCCUUCAUUCCCUGUACAAACUCCUCCUGGCACCCUUUGAGGACCUUCUUCCCGACAGUGCCACAAUGGGAAGACGUGAUCUUGUGCUUGUUCUGGAGAACGAAUUGUAUCUGGUGCCAUUCGCUGUGCUCCGCAGUGGACAGGAGGAUGGAGAGUAUCUCUCAGAGCGCUGUUCUCUCAUCACCGUGCCAUCUCUGACCACAUUGCGCCAGAAGAGUCGCUCCCGGAAUCGCGAAGUGGCUGAGAAUCUCAACAGUGCUCUGGUUGUGGGCGGUCCAAGGAUACCCACAUCCUUGUCAGAGACCUGGGGCUGGUCGGAAUCGCCAGCAUCUCUCCAGGAAGCGGCCAUGGUGGCAGAUAUGCUGCACGCAAAGGCUCUCUGCGCCUCGAGUGCCACAAAGGAGGCUGUCGUGGCUGAACUGCCCAGUGCAGAGUGUGUCCACUUCGCAGCCAACGUGAGCUGGAAAUUGGGAGCCGUCGUCCUCAGUCCUGGCGAUGUUAUAGACUCUCAAAAGAGAUUCUUCCCCGCCACGGCACCUGAGAUGGAGAAUGACGAGGAGAUCAGCGAUCUCUCGACGUCCAACAUGGAGAUUCCUCCGCUGUCUGACUUCAUUCUCAGCGCAGCGGACUUGCUGACGAUGAAGCUGAAGGCGAAACUGGUUGUUCUCAGCUCUUAUCACUCAAUUGAGCCAAUAAGCGGAUCAGGAGUGGCCAAUUUGGCCAGUGCUUGGCUCUUGGCGGGCGCUGGAGCGGUUCUGGUGUCUCUGUGGCCAGUUCCAGAGACUGCAGCGAAGAUUCUCUUGAGAGCAUUCUAUUCAGCUCUGCUCCAGGGAGCUUCUGCGGCCAGUGCUCUGGCCGAAGCCAUUUCGACUGUGCAGAACACCAAGCACUUCGCUCAUCCCGCCAAUUGGGCGGGCUUCCUUCUGAUUGGCGCCAAUGUGAGACUCUCCAACAAGGUGGCUCUAAUUGGCCAGGCUCUUUGUGAAUUGGUCAAAGCGCCGGACAAGUGCCGAGAUGCCCUGAGGGUGUGUCUUCAUCUGGUCGAGAAGAGUCUCCAGAGAAUUCACCGUGGCCAGAAGAACGCCAUGUACACCACCCAGAAGAGCAUCGACAACAAAGCUGGACCCGUGUCUGGCUGGAAGGAUCUCUUGAUGGCCGUGGGCUUCCGCUUCGAGCCCUCUGCCAAUGGCAUUCCAUCCAGCGUCUUCUUCCCUCAGUCUGACCCAGAGGAUCGUCUGUCGCAGUGUUCCGCGAGCUUGCAGGCACUCUUGGCGCUCUCGCCGACAACUCUUCACGCUCUGUCCAAAGUGGUGAACAGCUCAGAGAUCGCCGAUGACAUCAUUGCCGUGCUGAGGAACGUCGUGAGCCAAUUUCCGUCCAAAGGCAGCGGAGAACUGGAGACUCAAGUGGACAUCCCACUCAGUGUUCGCCUGUGGAGAGUGUCUGGCUGCCAUGAGUUGCUGGCGUCGUUGGGAUUCGAUCUGAUGGAAGUGGGCCAGGAUCAGGUGACUCUGCGCACGGGGAAAACAGCCAACAGACGCAAUUGCCAGUUCGUUUUACAAGCGCUUCUUGCUCUCUUCGAUACUCAAGAAGCUCCCAAGAGUCUCGGACUGGAGUCCAGCACAGAGUCCCUGAACGAGGAUGGACGCUCUGAAGCGGCUGAUGAAUCCUCUGUGAGUCCAGAUAAUGCGCCAGCGCCUAAGAGAGGAGCUUCGCCUAUUGGAACCCUUGCCAAGCCACACUUGACUCUCUCUCGGCCACCAUUGCCAAUCCGACGAGUGCCUUUCCUGAGCACCGGUAGCGCCUUCAUCUCGUACGUGAGACGCCGUGGAGAGCCUGACGGCGGACGAACGGAUUCCUCAGACGUGCCAUCAGUUUCCUCCUCCUCGCAAAUCCACUCGGCGAGCACUCUGGACUCCAGUCUGGCCAACACAACAGACAGUGAGUUGUCAUCUGACGGCUAUGUGGUGCAGACGCUGCCCAAGAAGCUCUUCGGCGGCUAUUCUGCCCUGCAUCACACCUCCGACUCCAGCACCACGGCGGAGAGUAAUGUUUCCCAGGCACUGGCGCAUCAGACGAGGAUCAGGAGUCUCUACUCGGGUCCUGUGGGCGCCGACGGGGGCAUCUUAAUGGCAGGACGGCCUGAUAGUUCGAGCAGUGCGAGCAGCACGACGGAUUGGGAGGGUUCAGGACACGCCACGGUGCUCCGGAGGGUGAAUCAGCAGAAUCAGACACUCCCGCCGCUGCCGCCGCCUCGGCAGCAACUGCCUCUAGUCGAUUUGGCGCCGCUGGCGCCUGUGUACAACAAUCUGAACCCCGUGGCCACACUUGAGGCGGGAGCAGGAGCGCUGGACUCCACCAGCUCCGAUUCUGAGUUCGAGAGAGGCGCUUUUGAGCUGGCGGCUGGGCCAUUUGGCGCGCGAUCACGCGGAAAGCUGAAGAUGCCACUGUCGCGGAAGAUUUCCGAAACAAUUGGAUUCAUGGACAGACUCAGUGUGCGCACAGAAGUGUCUCCUGGCCAGCCGGCGGGCACUUCGAGUGCUGUGGGAAUUGCUGGCACGUCAGCAGCCACAGCUUCCACGAGCAGGAAGAUGAAUUUGUCAGACGAAGCAGCUCUGUCGCUUCACAACGCGAGUCUGUACUUUGCCGCUGAGACGGAUGAGAAGGGUGUGAGCGGAGCGGGCGGGAGUGCAGUGAAGGAGGCCAAGAAGAGUGCUUACCAGCCGCCAAAGAGCAUGCAAGAGUCUCUACUGAGGCAUAUCAACCGUGAAAUGACACCGACCAUCAGUGAGGUUUAUCACGAGAGGAAUCUGGGAUUGGGACUCGCGCCGCCGCUCUCGAAACUCCUGCUGAGCAAGAGUUACAGUCUGGACGAGGCUGAGCCUGGCAAGGCGUCAUCGUCAUCCUCGAAGACUUCCACUCUUGUGGACGCUGUGAGUGAGAUUGACUUGAGCGCGGCCGCCAAUGUGGCCACAAUUCCGGGCCCAUCUUCAGGAGCAGUGACCGGAGUGGGCAGUGUCUGUCCAGUGUGCAAUGCGCCGGCUGAACUCAUGUGCACCUGCUCGGAUUCCUCGCCAGUGACGCCCAAGACGCCGACAUCAGUGCCGAAGAAGUCUUCGCUGAAGCCCUGGCUGAGCGCCGUCAAUACGAGCCUCGUGAAGGCGUCCGAUCUCACCACGGCGGACAUCCUGGAGCGCCAGAAGAUCAAAGCCAACAUCCAGGCGGUGACGCACGACGUCUCGACGGCGGGCAUCAAAGACAAGCGCGCCGGGAGUCCCUUCAGCGAGCUCUCGCGCCGCGAUGAGGGCGACGGACGCUCCGUGAGUGAUUCGCAGUGUUCGGGGAGCUUCAAGAACGACCACAAGGCUGCCCAGCAGCAGCAGAGCCAGCGAGGGACGAAAUUCAGCCUGGAGACCCUCUGAAU